AUGCAAACACGAAACGAAAGCAUGCGUUCGACCCCACCUCCGUUUACCUUAGCUAACAUAUAUGCUCAACCGCCGGAACAGUUGUGUGGCUUUUGCAAAGUCAUUGUGCCUGAUCGCAAUGCCAGUAGCUGGGAUAAGGACGACCCGGCAGUGCAAUGGCUCGAUUACGAGAGGCUAGACUACUAUCCGGACUUGCCAGGCCUCGCUGCUUCUGCGUCCGCAGGUUGCGGGCUCUGCCGCAUGUUCAGAGAGACAAUACUGGAAAAUUGGGGAAAUCCUCAUGUGGCAGGAUUAGAGGGGCAUCGUCCGGUGAGAAUUGCCGAUGUUCACUUUGUUAGUGAGCAAUUUGAGCAAGAAGGAAAGGCGGCAUUACUUGAUGCUCAGCAGGGUAGGAUGAUCUACGCCAUAACGAUGACAGUUACCCUCCACGAUUCCGAAGGGCCGGAUGAGGAGACACACGACAUCUCUAUGAUACUUUGCUUUGCCUGCUUUGACACACUAGAUCUCAACUCCUCAAUGCAGCAGCACAGGAGAAGGUUGCCUAGUCUCAGCACCCUAUCUGAUGAAAACGUUCAACUGAUGAAACGAUGGAUCCAAGAAUGCCAGACAAAUCACAGAGCGUGCUAUACUCUUCCUGAUAGCUGGGUGCCUACUCGUCUUCUGGACGUAGGAUCAGAUGACGAAUCAGGAUCAGAGAUGCCCCGUCUGAUUGAAACUGCGAAUACACUCAUGGGCAGCAGAAUGUUCAUUGCCCUAAGUCAUAUGUGGGGAGAUAUGACUGUGUCCCCUCCGUUGAGGACCAUUCGUUCCAACUAUGAGACCAUGAAAGACGGUGUGGCUCCUUCAAGUUUGCCUAAAAACUUUGCCGACGCGGUCUCUGUCUGCCGUUGUCUGGGUGUCAGAUAUAUCUGGAUCGAUUCUCUAUGCAUCAUUCAGGACUCUCCUGAAGAUUGGGCCCACGAAGCGAAGUUAAUGCAUAAAGUAUAUAGAAAUGCAGUUGUGACUGUUGUUGCCACGUCCGCUACCUCGUCCCAUGACGGAUUUCUUCAACGACACAUUGCCAGUGUUCCUGCGGUGAGGCUCUCGUAUUCCCUUGGCAACAGUGGAUGUCAGUCUCUUAUCAUAUGUCCCAACGAGUAUGCACAGGGACGGACGGGGCCAAAUCCCGAAUUAGAAGUCGGUAUAAAUUGCUCAAGAUGGAACACUCGCGGCUGGACAAUGCAGGAACGCAUUUUAUCGACAAGACUAAUCCACUUCUGCAAGAAUUUGAUCUGUUUCGAGUGUAGGACUUGCAUGGUCACAGAGGAGAACGUGUCUAUGGCAUGGGAGCGGGAUGAUGCGGUUGUCAAAUUGGAAUUGUGGCCAAGGAGCGACCAUAUCUUUCACGAACCGAAAACUGCCGGUCCGAGCAACUUGGCCCCAGACAUGGAGGCACUGUACAAAAAAUGGAUGGCUACUCUCGAAGAAUACUCCUUUCGGCAACUGACCAAGCAGUCUGAUAAGCUGCCGGCUAUGCAGAGCAUCGCCGCUGAAAUGUCUCUUGUCGUUGACGACACUUUUAUUCCGUUCGCCGGUAUGUGGCGGGGAAAUUUGAAGCGUGAGCUUCUUUGGCAGUCUCUGCCACCUUUACCAAUUCAACGACCGGAGUCAUACGGAGCUCCAAGCUGGUCUUGGGCCUCUGCUGGUUCUGAUGUCCGAUGGCUGGGAAAGAAACUAGAUGACGGUAUCGAGAUGCCUACGAUUCAAUACUCCUUCGACGUCCUAGAACAUGGCAACCAACAUCCCAAAUGCAAGGCUUACAACUACCUAGAAGUGGAGGGCUUUACCAAGUCAAUAUUACGCAUUGUACAAACAGACACAAGUUCGUCAGGCUCGUCAAGCUGGCGUAGCGUCGAGUAUUACUUUCCAUUUUCUUUGCAAGUAGUGGAUGCUAAUGGGGCGAAUGUAAAAUUCGGGUCUGCUCGGCUUGACUUGAAAAAUUAUGUCCCGAGAGAAGGAGCGCAACUGCUCUAUCUUCACAUUACUGAGCGCUACCCAUCUGGUCUUUUGUUGGAAAGAUCGGAUACUACCGAACAGAUCUGGUUUAGAAUUGGUAUUGCUUCUAUUUUCACAGUAGGAGCAGGAAAGGAGAUCGGGGAGAUUCUGUUCACGUGCGGAAAUUACCAGAAAAUUAUUAUUAUCUAAUAUAGCCCUAAGUCUAUACUAGAAUUGUUUAUUACUAUUAGCUAAAUAUAAUCUCUAAGUAUAAUAGUAAGCUC